AUGUUAUCUUGCCGUCGUUUAAUUUUUUCUUAUUCACAUUUUCCGUUGCAUCGAAUUACAUCUUCCUUGGUAACACGCUAUAAUUCAUCAUCAUCAGUUGAUCUAUCAACUAUUCUCAAAGAACAAUCGAUCUAUUUUGAGAAAAAACCCACAUCAACAAUUGCAUAUGAAACAUUUGUUCAAGCACCAUCUGAAUUUGUGGCUAAUAGUCUUCUACAGAUUCACGAUAGUGUAGGUUUACCAUGGUGGGCAACAAUAGCUCUAGCAACAAUUACAUUUCGUGUUGUUGUUGGUGCAUCCAUUACAGUUUCACAGCAACGUUUUAUUGAACGUCUACAAACGGUUCGCCGUGUUGUUACAAAUCAAUUAGAGCCUCGGAUUAAAACAAUAAAUAUGCAAGCGAUGAAAGGAAAAACAGCAAGCAUAGUCGAAGAGAAAAAAAGUAUUCAACGAGAAGCUCGUCAAUUAACAAAACGAGGUUAUCAAGAACUUAAUGUUCAUCCCGGUAAACUACUUGUGUUAGCAUUAUUUGGUUCGAUACCAUGGCUGUAUUUUACAUUUGGUAUUCGUAUGAUUUGCGUGUCACCUAUGACUCUACCUACUGUAUCUCAAGAAGGUUUAUUAUGGUUUCAAAAUUUAGCUGAAUCUGAUCCAUAUGGUAUUUUACCAUUGGGGUUUCUUAUACCCAGUUUGAUAGGAAUAACUUUUAAUUCGAUCGAAAAACCAGGUUCAGCAAAUCCACGACUUCUAACAGCGAGUCGAAUUCAACGAACGCUCACGCGAGUCGUAGUCACUGGUUUUACUUUGAUUGCAUUUAAAUUACCGGCUGGUAUUGUGCUCUUUUGGACGCUCAAUAGUAUAUUACAACUUUCUCAAACAAUUAUUUUUGAAUUACCAAGAGUACGAAAUAUGUUGGGCCUUCAACCGUCUCGAUUUGGUUCUCAACCUUUACAAAUUCGAUGGACGAUAUGGAAAGAUAAAUGGUUAUUUUUUCUUCGAACACUAAAAUGGUUUUCAAAAUUGUAA